CUGCCUGGCUGCGUCAGUAAACAUGGCGACCGGCUAAAGCAGCCUGUACAUGCAUUCAUUCGCAAAGGUGUUGAAUUUAUCUUCCACAGCGUAGCGUUACACAAUACUUUUUACUUGAGUUUUAUUUGUUGUACGGAAAGGUGCGUGUGUGGGGCGUUGUGCUCUACGCAAUUUACCGGAAAUAAAGGGUGAAGAAGACGCACCGGCAAGAUGGGGAGACGUUCAACCUCCUCCACCAAGAGUGGGAAGUUUAUGAACCCCACCGACCAGGCCAGAAAGGAGGCCAGGAAAAGGGAGUUAAAAAAGAACAAGAAGCAGAGAAUGAUGGUUCGAGCUGCUGUUCUGAAGAUGAAGGACCCCAGACAGAUCAUUAGAGACAUGGAGAAGCUGGAUGAGAUGGAGUUCAACCCAGUUCAGCAGCCCUUGUUGAAUGAGAAAGUGCUGAGGGACAAGAGGAAGAAGUUACGCGAGACGUUUGAGCGCAUCGUCCGUCUCUACGAGAGGGAGAAUCCCGAAACCUACAAGGAGCUCCGCAAGAUUGAGUUGGACUAUGAGACCAAACGAGGGCAGCUGGCUCUCUAUUUCGAUUCAGUCAAGAAUGCAGAGUCAGUGGAGGUUGACAGUAUCCCUCUACCAGAUAUGCCUCAUGCACCCUCCAAUAUCCACAUCCAGGACAUCCCACUGCCAGGAGCUCAGCCCCCCUCCAUACUGAAGAAAAACGUCACUUUUGGUAAAAGCCUUCUGUCGGCGUCUUCUGGACCGUUUUUGGCAACCGUGCCAGGUGUGCCACGCUUACCUCCAGGGAAGAAGCCCCCUGGACCCCCACCUGGGCCCCCGCCUCCACAGGUUCUGGCACUGUACGGCAUCCCUGCUCGACGGGCUCAUGGCACAGACGCAGAGCCUUCCAUUCCCGGUUUAGAAAAGGACUCUCCGAUGGAGUUGGGAAGAGAUCGGGACAGCGGCAGUGAGAGUGACAGAGAUCGGGAUGAUGUGGACGACGACGAAAGCGACUCAGAGGAGGACAGCGAAGACGAAAAAGAGGACGGAGGAGACGGAGACCUGAGAAUGAGUGUGGACAAGGUCGACGAUGAGAGGGAAAAGGAGGAGGAUAGGGACAGAAAAGAAAGACAUGCAGUUACUUUAGGUCGCAGUGUGAGGUUUGCUGAUAUGCCGCCAGAAGCAAUCCACGAAGGAAAGAAGAAGAAGAAGAGGGUUGUGAAGAAGACCAAGGCCAUUACCCCACUGCAGGCUAUGAUGUUGAGGAUGGCAGGUCAAUCAGUACCUGAUGACGAAGAGGAGGAAGAGGUAGAGGAGGAAUACACAGAUGAAUCGGACAGCUCGGACAUCGAGGACAGGGGACCCCCAGGGGAAGCCCCGCCCCGCCUUAUUGCUAAUCAGCGCCUACCCCCUCCGUCUGGGCCGGUGGGACAGCAAGGCCCUCCACACCUGCAGGGUCCGCCGAUGACUGGGCCUCCGCCCCUUGGUCCGCCCCCAGCUCCUCCCAUGAGGCCUCCUGGUCCACCCUCUGGCCCGCCUCCAGGUCCACCACCAGGUGCUCCGCCGUUCCUGAGGCCUCCUGGUAUGCCUGGAGGCAUGAGGGGUCCAAUGCCGCGUCUCCUUCCUCCUGGACCUCCACCGGGUCGGCCCCCAGGACCCCCACCAGGCCCCCCACCUGGUCUCCCACCAGGCCCUCCACCACGAGGACCCCCUCCCAGACUCCCUCUGCCUGCUCCACCAGGUAUCCCUCCUCCGCCCCCAAGAGCAGGAGGGCCCCCGCGUCAACUCGCCCCACCGCUUUCCCUCUUUCCUCCACCCCUCAACGCCAACGUGCUCAGUGCUCCUCCAAACAUCGUCCAGCGACAAAAAGGCUCGGGGCCCAACCAGGACGGGUCACAAGGCAAUAUGGGGCCCCCUUCCAUGUCAAUGCCCAUGCGACCGGGCAUCAUGCAGAUGCCUCCUCCACCAGGGACGGCGCCCGGGCACCACCACACAGCCACCAUCGAAAAGCGGCCCAACAUCACCUCCGUCGCAGGAGGCGGAGGCGGCCUGGCUGCAGGCGGCGGCUCUGGCGGGGCCACCAUCUCUGCCAAACCUCAGAUCAUCAAUCCGAAGGCGGAGGUUACUCGCUUUGUACCCACGGCACUGAGAGUGCGCAGGGACAAGGGCGGAGGCAUGGGAACAGGCGGGCACCUGGAGAAAGGAGGAGGUGGACGAAGGGGAGACGAUGGCGGACACGGGCAGAAACAGCAGGCCGCAGCUGCUUCGAUGGGCUUUGUCCACCACGUCCAGAUGGGUGCCGUGUCUCAGUCCAACGUGAAGACUAAAGACCAGAUGUAUGAAGCCUUUAUGAGGGAGAUGGAGGGACUCCUCUGAGACUCCUCUUGUGCCCGACAUUCAGCGGGGGUUCAACGGUGUGUUUGUUGUCCGUGCAGCGCUCUAGACGUAGCUUUGUUCAAGGCAGUCAGCUAGAUAGUUUGUUUUCAGUCACACAAGAGCCAGCAAUGAUCUCCUUGUGCUCAUCUUCAUUUGAUUUGUAUUUGUUGUGUCAUGGACUGUGAAUUUGAUUGAUCAAAAAUCUGAUUACAUCUAUAAUUUGGUAAAAAUGAUUUCGGUUCUUAAAAGGAAAACUAUUCUCUGCCAUUGAAAACAUUGUCUGCCGAAGAUUUUUUGUGCUUUUUGUCCCCCGUUUUCAGUCCAUUUAUUUUACUUAACACUGGUCUUUUUUUCCAGCCACAGCAUUUUGUAUGAUUGUUAUUUUAUCUCCAAAACAUGUUAAACAUUGAAAUAAAGGUGUGCAGUGUUUGUCAACCACUGACAAAAAGACAUGUCUGAACAAUUUGCUCUACUGCGAAAUAAAUACUUUUUACCUCAUG